CGGGGGAAGCCGAAGCUCGCCUUCCCCUCCUCUCCUCGACGACGACGCCGCGGGGGAAGAAGACCGACAGCCAGUCCGUCCCCUAGUCGCCGUCCCCUCCCCCCCGCUCCCGCCCCUCCUCCCGGCUCGUAGGCUGUCCCGGAGCCAGCCCGUGUCCGGCGCGGCGGCGGCGCCGGCGCCGGCGCCGGGGGAGGAAGAUGGCGGCGGCCGAGUUCUUCUCGCCGGAGGAGGCGGAGGUGGGGCCGGUGCGGCAGCAGCAUCCGGGGCAGGCGGCUUUGCGGGCGGUGGUGGGGUGGCUCGCGUUCCUCCUCCAGAUCCUGCUCCAGAUCGUCCGGGGCACGCCCUCCUCCUGGGCGCAGCUCCUCUCCUUUUUAGGAAUUCGGCACCCUCUCCUCUCCACCUCCCAGGCCCAGCCGUCGCCGUCGGUCGCCUUCGUGCAGCUCCCCUCCGAGGCCCCCGCCGACGCGUCGGCCCCGCCGCCUCCGCCGCUCAAGCGGCUCACGGUAGUGCUUGAUUUGGAUGAGACUCUAGUUUGUGCAUAUGAGUCAUCAAGCCUUCCUGCUGCAUUGCGUGCCGAGGCUAUUGAAGCAGGAUUGCAUUGCUUUGACAUGGAGUGCAUAUCCGCUGAAAAGGCAAGUAAGCUGCCAUCCUUUUAUUUUUAUAAUCCGUUAAAAUCCAGGAAGUUGCUUAUGAGAUAUAUUGUUAUAAAGGACGCUGAGGGAAGACAGAGGGUGAACCAUGUCACUGUCUUUGAGCGUCCUGGUUUGCAUGAAUUUUUGCAGAGAACUAGCGAAUUUGCUGAUCUUAUUCUCUUCACUGCUGGUUUGGAAGGGUAUGCAAAACCAUUAGUUGACAGGAUAGAUGCUCACAACCGAUUGAGGAACCGACUCUAUAGGCCAUCAACUGUUACCACGGAAUACAGAGAGCAUGUAAAAGAUCUUUCUUGUUUGUCCAAAGAUUUCCGCAGAAUUGUCAUUGUUGAUAACAAUCCAUAUAGUUUCUUGCUGCAACCCUUAAAUGGAAUACCUUGCCUUACAUUCUCAGCUGGACAACCUGUUGAUGAUCAGCUUAUGGGAGUUAUAUUUCCACUCCUCAAGCACCUUUCUCUCCAAAAUGAUGUUAGACCGGCAUUGUAUGAAACAUUUCAUAUGCCAGAGUGGUUCCAAAGACAUGGGAUCCCACAAAUUGAUCAGGCAGCAUAAGUUUGGUCAGCAGGGCAGGAUUAUUAGGCGAAGGCUCAAAAGCUGCCUACACCUGUACAUAAUUUAUUCAUCCGGGCCCCUCCAUAUGAUGAACCCAUCGUUCAACACGAAGAAUGCAGAUCAGUGCUUGUAUCGUAAAUCUUAAUAUAUCGUUGUAUAGCAACCAUUUAUCGCUGACAGUUCAGAUAAUCUAACUGAGAAUUAUAAGGAUCUUUGAGUUCCUGAAGUCCUGUAAAUUUUGAUCAAGGUUCUACAGCAAUUGUUUAGUAGCA